UAUUGACAACCAGUAACUCUUCGAAAAUAAAUCUAGCUAAGUGAUCUGAGGAAUCACUGAAUCUUUGCUUUGAUUGAAAUUUUGGGUUGUGGGGUAGCUUGAGAAUGGAUAAAAGCAUAUUGACAAACAAGGAUCCAAGAGCUUUUGUAGAAGAAACAUUUUUACAAAGGCUUUAGUUUUUAUUUGCCUGAAAUUUUGAUUCUUCGGAGGUUCUUCUGGAUUUGAGAUUGUACUUCUGUACUUGUAGAGGAUACUCAUUUCUAGUCCAUCCAUUCAAGAGUUCAUCACUUGAUACAAUAAUGUAAGGGUGGUGAAAGAGGAGAUCGGAUAGGUCACAGCACUGAGUAACUUGUUUAACCUUUUAUGAAAAAGAGAUACUUCUUGUAGAGUUGUAGUUAUCCUAAUACUUAUCUACAUUGGGGCAAGGCUGCAAAUCAUGGAGGAUAUCGAAAGGUUUGAUGAGAAAUCAUUUUCAAAUGGUGAUGCCUACACUGGUAAGAUCAAGGGCAUGUUACCCCAUGACAAGGGAAAGUACACAUGGUCAAACGGAACAGUAUAUGAGGGUGAUUGGGAAGGUGAUAAAAUGACUGGAAAGGGACUUAUUGUGUGGUCAUCAGGAGCACAGUAUGAAGGUGAGUUCUCUGGAGGCUUCCUAAAUGGUUAUGGCAAACUUACAACAUCUUCUGGAUCCAUUUAUAGAGGGGGAUGGAGGAUGAAUGCUCCACAUGGGAUAGGACACAAGAAGUACUCCAAUUCCGAUAUUUAUGAAGGUUUAUGGAAAGAAGGAGUUCCGGAAGGCAGUGGCAGGUAUACAUGGAAUAAUGGAAAUGUAUAUGUUGGCAAUUGGAAAAAUGGGAAAAUAGAUGGUCGAGGGGUCAUAAAGUGGAUUAAUGGUGAUACUUUUGAUGGUUUUUGGUUAAAUGGGCUUAUGCAUGGCUCAGGAGUUUAUAGAUUUGGAGAUGGGGGUCUUUAUAUUGGGACAUGGAACAAAGGUCUAAAGGAUGGAAAAGGAAUAUUCUAUCCUUCAUGUAGUAAUCAUCCUUCCCUAAAGAAGUUGCAUAGCCCUCCUAACAGUAAUCAUGAUGGUUUCUUAUUGAAUACAGAAAAACAUGUUGGUCCAAAAUCUAGAGUUAAACGUAGCCUUUCUGUAAAUGUAUCAGUGAUUGGUAGAUUAAAAAGUUUCCGUCAAAUAUCGCACAGGACUUUGUCAUUGGAUACAAGUUGUAGCCCUCAUGAUCCUGCUCAAGAUUGCAUAUGUCAUGAUUCUUCCCUUACAUUAUCCCAUGGCUUUGAUGAAGGUCAAUCUGAGGCAUCAGGUAAAAGUACUUUGGUUUAUGAAAGGGAAUACAUACAAGGAGUUCUGAUUAUGGAGAAAAUUAGUGAGUACUCCGACUCAUUGCAUAAAAGCAAAGAGCAAAAUAAGUUUAGUGUGAACCAAGUAAAGAAGAGUUCAUGUGUGGACAUUUUUGGAGGACAGCAAAGCUACUUUCUUAAGCUUAAUUUGCAGCUUGGCAUCAGGUAUACUGUUGGCAAAAUUACACCAGUUCCUGCCCGUGAAGUUCGAUCAUCUGAUUUUGGAGAUCGAGCUAGGAUAAGGAUGUACUUCCCAAGGGAUGGUUCAAAGUUUACUCCUCCACAUUGUUCAAUAAACUUCUACUGGAAAGAUUAUUGCCCUAUGGUCUUCAGGAAUUUGAGAGAGAUGUUCAAGUUAGAUGCCGCAGAGUACAUGAUGUCUAUUUGUGGAGAUAGUGGUCUAAGGGACUUAUCUUCUCCUGGAAAAAGUGGCAGCAUCUUUUACCUUUCUAAAGAUGACAGAUUUGUUAUAAAGACAGUGAAAAAAUCCGAACUAAAGGUUCUGCUUAAUAUGCUUCCUAAAUAUUACCGUCAUGUAGGAGAUCAUGAGAAUACUCUCAUAACAAAAUUCUUUGGGCUCCAUCGAAUAACCCUAAGAGGUGGAAAAAAGGUGCGUUUUGUGGUCAUGGGGAACAUGUUUUGCACAGAAUUAUAUAUCCACCGUCGUUAUGAUCUGAAGGGAUCUUCUCAAGGAAGAUACACACAAAAUGAUAAAAUCAAUUGCAAUACGACAUUGAAAGAUCUUGAUCUAAAAUAUGACUUUCAUAUGGAUAAAAAAUUGCGAGAAUCCCUACUCAAGCAAAUUUAUCUAGACUGCAAGUUCUUGGAGUCUCAGCAUAUAAUUGAUUACAGCCUUCUGUUUGGAUUACAUUUUCGAGCUCCAGAGAAUCUGAAGGCCUUGGUGGAACAUCAUGGAUCAAUGCAUCAUCAGGAGAAUUUACCUCCUGGAGAUGGUAAUAGCUACACUGAAGGGGAACUCUUGAUUCUUCCUAAAGGCUUGCUAUUAGUUGCCCACGAACCAAGCAUUGUCAACACUGCACCUGGACCUCAUAUUCGAGGGAAUACAUUGAGGGCAAACUCCAUGGGUGAUAAUGAAGUUGAUCUUUUACUUCCUGGUACUGCAAGGUUGCGGGUGCAGCUUGGUGUAAACAUGCCAGCUCAGGCUACUCGCAAGCUUCAGGGUGAUAAGUUGGAGGCAACAGAAGUAGAGCUUUUUGAAGUAUACGAUGUUGUCCUCUACAUGGGCAUAAUUGAUAUAUUGCAGAACUAUAGUCUGAAAAAGAAAAUUGAGCAUUCUUACAAAUCGCUGCAAUUUGAUCCCAUGACAAUAUCAGUAGUUGAACCAAAGAUGUAUGCUGAACGUUUCAUCAAAUUCUUAGAGGAAAAAGUUUUCCCCGAAGCUCCAUGAAUUUAUUUUUCUCCCUUAAAUUUACUGGUUUUAAUCCUUCUUUGUAAUUAGUUAUUUUAAAGGAAGAGUGUUUUUUUUUUAUCCCUCUCAUUUUACUUUAUAUAGUUUCUU